GGCCGAGGCGAGCAGACGUCGAACAGAUUCAAAAUGGCUGCUAUCGCGUUUCUCCUGAUCGCCUGUCUGAGCUCCGCUCACGCCUGGGGCGGACUGUUCAACCGGUUCAGCUCCGACAUGCUGGCCAACCUCGGCUACGGGCGGUCACCAUACCGUCAUUACCCUUAUGGACAGGUUGAGCCUGAAGAGAUUUACGCGGAGGCCUUGGAAGGUAAUCGCAUUGAAGACGCCGAGGACACGCACUGCUACAGCGCGCCGUGCAUCACCAACGGGGACUGCUGCCGUGGACUCAUGUGCUUGGAGACAGAGGACGGAGGGCGUUGUCUGCCAGCGUUUGCUGGUCGGAAGCUUGGCGAGAUGUGCAACCGCGAGAACCAAUGCGAUGCUGGACUGGUCUGCGAAGAAGUCGUCCCAGGUGAGAUGCACGUCUGCCGUCCGCCUUCAGCCGGGCACAAGCAGUACAACGAAGACUGCUCCUCGUCCAGCGAAUGUGACAUCACCCGUGGUCUUUGCUGCAUCAUGCAACGUCGUCACCGCCAGAAGCCUAGGAAGAGCUGUGGAUACUUCAAGGAGCCCCUGGUGUGCAUCGGACCCGUAGCCACCGACCAGAUCCGCGAAAUCGUUCAGCACACCGCUGGCGAGAAGAGACUCGGCUUGUACAGAAUGCAUUAAAUUAAUCUUCAAUUUAUUGACUUCGAGUAAAAUGGCGUCGUCUAUGUUCCAAUAAUUUAUAAAGCGGUUUCAAACUUGUUUUUUUUUUACCUAUAUUUAAUUAUUUUUUCAUUUUACUCGGAGUAUUUUUAGGAUUUGAAUCAUUUAUAAAUUUAAAUAAUCCUUUUCAUUUAUAAAUGACUUCAAUUAAAUUGAGAAAAUUCUCUAAGUUGAUAAGAAGAGCUAAUAAAAAAAAACUUAUCAAACGAGUUGACAACCAAAAAAACUAAAAAUCAUUUAUAGAUUUUUCUCAAUAGCAACACUUUUGGAAAUAUUGCCAUUAAAAAUUAUUGCAAUUUUAUAUUUGUUAAACAUGAUUUCCUAACACGAGGAAUUGACAGAAUAUUUAUUUGCGAUGGCAAUAAUUUCGUUACGUCGAUGGCACUAUUUCCACCGAAGAUUUGAAAAUAACCGAAACGAACGCUUCGAAAAACGGUCACCGAUUUAUUAAUUUUCAAGCAUAGAAUAUUAAUUAAAAAAAUAAAAUAAAAAAAAACAACAAAAAUUUACGUAGCUGGAUAAAUUUUAGUUUUCAUCAAAUGAUACCAGUGUGCGUAGAAUAUAUAAAUAUAUUAUUAUAAUUAAAUGUUACACUAUGGAUGUUAUUCGUGUUAUUAAUAGUGAAUUUUAAAAUGUUUAAUCCUUAAUAUUAAUUAGGUUAAAGUCUUCACUAUCGAAACUAAAACAUAUCAUACUGGCUGAGGCAUUUAUAGGUUUAAAAAUAUUGAUGUUAAAAUGUAAUUAGAGUAAUUAAGAUUUCGCUUGUUUUAUUCUUAAAUAUAUAUAAAUUAAGGAAUUCCAUUACGAUAGGUGCCUAGGAGACAUAUCAUUGAUGUACCUUUAUUUAAUUAUAUUCCUAUUAAUAGUCAAAGUUUAAGAUUGUCACAAUCAAAGCGUAUAUUGAUAAAAUCUAGCAUUAAGUCUGACAUAAGUAUUUUCUGAUAAAGUUUAGCGGUGAACAGUAGGAAAUAUUUUUCUGCCAAAAUUAUACAGUCUAUGUUAUCAUCGCGUUAUCAUUUCGAUCGUUUUAUAAUAAUUUCCCGAUCGCUGGAAACGGCCUAACGCUUCGUUAAAAAUAGAUCGACUAAAGUUGAAAACAUUUAAAAAAAAACUUUUAUAUAUCUGUGUCGUUACGCUAUCUGAUGUAUUUCAUAUAAUAUAUGUGUUAUAUUAUACAGUCAUAUCAGC